UAAGUUUUAUGGUUUUAAUUUAAUUUUAAAACCGCGGACUUUUCGUUUCGAUUUGGUCAAUAUGUUUACGGAUGGUUUAGGAAGAACUUAAAUCCUCAUUCGCUAGUCGAAGUUCAUUAUUUGAUUAUUCUUUUUCUCAAGGUCUCCCGUGAGUGAGCGAGAACAGGGAAAACCUGGAAUUGUCAUAGAACUUUUUUUUUUUUACAAGAACCUGUAAAAUUUCUUCAUCAUAUAUUGAAAAUAACCAAUCUGAAAAUUAUGGCUUGCAAUGAAUCUCCACCUAAGAUAAAUUUUGAUUUUGAGUGCAGUCAAGUUGAAAAAAAAACUGUAUAUCUCACAUUACUCGGCACACCCUGUCAAUAUAUGCAUUUACUUCCUAAGGAUGCCUUCAUUACCCCUUCAGAUUCUGAAGAGACUGAACUGAGUUCUGAUGAAAGUAUUGCUUCUAAUGAUUCUUCUGUAAAGAUAAUUUCAAUUCCUUCUACAUCAUGUACUGCUGGAAAAAAAGUGAAAGAAGAGAAGCUAUCUGAUACAGAGGAUACUUCGAAGUCAAAAGGUAGCAAAAAAAGUUCACCAAAAUCCAGGAAGUGGAGGGGAGUGGAAUACCCUACUUCUGAUGAUUCAGGUGAUGAUAAGAACAAAUCCCACCGUGCAAAGCAUUCAAAUGAAUCAGAGGAAAAUCAAUCUAAAGCCCGCUGCAAAAAAGAAUGUAGUUCUAAAUCUAUUAAAAAGGAGGAUUUCGAAGAUGAAGAGCAGAAAUAUACUCCUGGAUUAUCAGCUGCUUUUGGAAAUUUUCAUUGUCAAGUUUGUGAUAUCGUUGUUAAUAGUGAAGUGACAUAUCAAACUCAUUUACAAGGAAAAAAACAUCAGAAGGCUCUGAAAGCUAAAGCCAUUCCAGAAGUGGCAAUGCAAUCUUUAAAUGAGCCUCGAUUACCGCCCCCUCUAGUUGGAGUUUCUAAUGCUUCUUUAAGAAGAGAUAGACGAAUACCACUCAGAGUGGAAUCUUUGAUACAAUUGGUUGCUGAGAGUUACAGUGAAGGUCCACUUCCAGGUUUGUCAGAGGUUGUUGAAGUACGCCCCGCCAGUGAAGAAGCUAAAGAAAUAGCAUAUCUUUGUAAUUUGUGUGAGGCACAAUGUGUACCAAACUCAAUAAUGAAACAUCUAACUGGAUUCAAACAUUAUCUAAGAUGUUUGGAAACAAUCGACACCAUAAGUUAUGAAAAAUAUCGCUUCAGUCCGAAGAAAGUAAUUGAGGGGAGAGUCAGAAGGAUUUUAUUGGAUUAUGAAAGAAGACGAGGUCGUGGAAUAAUUCGUGUUGAGCAAGAAGUAGAUGAUCUAUGCUCAAUGAGUGGUGAACCAGGACCAAGCUGGAAAAAUAUUGGAUCUGUGCCUUCCACAGCUGCAAGUGCCGAUGGCUUUGAUGAUUCUGAAUUUGUUUCAGCUAUGGAACAUUUAGAUACCUCAAUGAGUGACUUUCAUUGUAGAGCUUGUGAUGCUCAUAUGAAUAAUAAAGCCAUGUGGGAAUCUCAUGUUAGAGGAAAGAGACACUUAAAGAAUGUCAAGAAAGUGCCUGGAGAAAACACUUCUAAAGUGAAGUCCUAUCAUUGUCCUGAAGAGACUGCACACCUAAUGAGUUUAUUAGAAUUAGAAGGAGUGGAUGAAUAUAAUGAGCCGUACCUAAUUGUGG